UUGGAGAAUCUCUCAAAAGCCGAUCCUCUUUGCCGGUUGGUUCCAACGCUGAUAAAAGGCCACCAAAAAUAUCAGUUCAAAAAGUGCACAGUUACAGACACUUGCCUUUACGAGAUUUACUCAUUCUCUCUGAUAUUUCAAUCAAUCAAAUGAACUGUCUACAGAAUCUUCCAAGAUCCUCAGCUUUGCCUCUGCAAAGCUUCAAAUUCAAUCAACGGAAGGCUCCUCUUUCUUCCUGCUCUUUCAAUUCACUGGGAAUGAUGAAUUCUGUUGAUCUGUAUCCAAAUAUAGCCGUCAAGGCAAUUUCAGGAUCUAUGUCAAGUAAAGAGAUGAAUGGCUCUGAAGUGGAGGAGGAAAAAUCUGAUAUCUAUAGUAAUAACAUGACAGAAGCUAUGGGUGCGGUUUUGACCUAUAGGCAUGAACUAGGAAUGACUUACAACUUCAUUCGACCAGAUUUGAUUGUAGGAUCUUGCCUACAGACUCCUGAAGAUGUUGACAAGCUUCGUCAAAUUGGAGUUAAAACCAUAUUUUGCUUGCAACAAAAUCCAGAUUUGGAAUAUUUUGGAGUUGACAUUAGUGCUAUUCAGGAGUAUGCCAAGACAUAUGAUGACAUUCAACACUUGCGUGCUGAAAUAAGGGACUUUGACUCAUUUGAUUUGAGGAUGCAGCUUCCAGCUGUGGUUGGUAAAUUAUACAAAGCCAUUAAGAGAAAUGGAGGUGUUACAUAUGUGCAUUGUACUGCUGGACUAGGAAGAGCUCCUGCUGUCACGCUGGCAUACAUGUUCUGGGUUCAAGGCUAUAAACUGAGUGAAGCUCACAGACUUCUGCUGAGCAAGCGUUCAUGCUUCCCAAAACUGGAUGCUAUAAAAUAUGCAACUGCUGAUAUUCUUACAGGAUUCAGAAAGAAGCCUGUCACUUUUUCAUGGAAAAAUAAAAAUUGCACUUCUGUGGAAAUAUCUGGACUGGAUAUAGGAUGGGGCCAGAGAAUGCCUCUAACAAAUGAAAAACAAGGUCUUUGGAUUAUGGAGAAGGAACUUCCAGAAGGACACUACGAGUACAAGUAUAUUGUUGAUGGUGAGUGGUUAUGCAACAAAGAUGAGCAAAGUACCUAUCCCAACAAAGACGGCCAUGUCAACAACUAUGUUGAUAUUAUUGAUGAUGAUGCAACAAGUAUCAGUUCAGCCCUGCGGAAGAGGUUGAGUGAUAACGAUUUUGAUCUCACAGAGGAUGAACGGCUUAAAGUAAGGCAAUUUCUUGAAUCUCGUCCUGAUGAUGAAUGAAAUUACAAAAGCAAUCCAAGUUUUAUGUUCUUGUAAAGUUAUAAACGAAAAAGUCUGUUCCCAAUAAAAGCAUGUAUUAUAUCAUCACGAAAUUGAUGUAGUAGUUAAAUAAAUAUCAAUAAAACUACAUUAUAGGUUCCUU